AUGCUUGGCUCGGAAGGCUUUUGGAAGCGCUGGCUUACCCUGCAGACAUCUGGAACAAUCCGCCCAGCUUUUCCGAAAAAUGCAACACCUGACAGAGAGUCUUUUUCUGACCCAGCCCCAAUCGCUUACAGUGCUACCAUCCCAGUACGUCUUAACAUUAAUACUGACGGUUACAGCACUAAGAAAGAAGUUGAUAUAGAAAAUUCUCAAGCUAAACAGAGAGACACCAUCUGCACACUUGAAAAAGUAGUCUACACAACUAAAUCCAAACCAAUCCCCGCCUGCGGUCACUGUUUGUCCGCUUAUCUAUCAGAAGUAAGAAACGACAUCUCUAUUUCCCUCCCUGUAGAUAUCGAAUGCCUACCCUGAAUACUUGCACGCUUCCAUAGUCUCAUUAUCUUUAAG